AUGACGACGCCAGAGUUGUUCCAGGAGUCCCUGCUGCAGAUCCUGACGCAGCAGCAGCAGCUGAUCGCUCAUCUAUCUCAGGAGAUGUCAGCAACCCAAAAAUGCCUAAAGGAGUUCUCCCGCGAUGACGUAGCACUGGAUGCACUAGCCGGCAACAUCACCGAAUUUCGAUACGCUCCGGACGAAGGGUGCACUUUUGAUUCAUGGUAUUCACGUUACGAGGAGCUAUUCGAUAAAGACGCCAGUAAGCUAGAUGAUUCCGCCAAACGGUAUCAGUGCUUGCAGACCGUCAAAGAUGAAACAGAGGACAUCGUGUCAUACUCCUGCAAGGUAAACCGUGCUUGUGUGGAUUUUAAACUUGCCGACCUAUCCGAGGAGCAAUUUAAGUGCCUAGUUUUUGUUUGUGGCCUCAAGUCCUCGAAGGACUCCGAUAUUCGGAUGCGGCUGAUCACGAAGCUGAACGAAUCGUCAGAGAUAACGUUGGCGAAGAUCGUGGAGGACUGCAGAGCCCUGACGAACCUCAAAAACGAUACCGUGCUGGUAGAAAAACCUUCAGCAACAGUGCGAGCUGUGAAGCACAACACCAACAAACCUGUCAAGCCGUCACGUCAUUCAUCGGCUGCUGCGGGUAAUGGAACCAGGGCAGAUCAGCCACGUUCUCCGUGCUGGUCGUGUGGAGGAAUGCACUAUUUGAAGGACUGCCAGUUUCGGGGUCAUCAAUGCCGAGAGUGCGGAAAGAAGGGGCAUAAAGAGGACUACUGUGCCUGCUUUGCUGCAAAAUCAUCAUCUGGCGAUGCGAAAAAGAAUGCACGGAGCCAGAAGUCAACAAAGGUGGUCUCCGUAAACACAGUUAGCCGGGGGAGGAAAUUUGCGGAGUUGCGGAUAAACCAUGUUCCGGUCCGACUACAAGUUGAUUCGGCGUCGGACAUCAGCAUUAUCACCGCCGAAAUGUGGAAGAAGAUUGGAGAACCAGAAACAUCUCCGCCUUCUUGCCAAGCGGUGACAGCAUCCGGAGAACCGCUAAACAUCGCAUCCGAGUUCUGGUGUGACGUAUCAAUCAACGGUGUCUCCAAACGAGGUUUGUGUCGUGUCAUGGUUCCGGAAAUUUCUCUAUCAGUUCUAGGUGCCGACUGGAUGGACAACUUCGGCCUAUGGGACGUUCCAAUCAACUCGUUCUGCAACCAAAUCAGUAGCCAGUUCCAACCAGGCGUAGGGGCAAUUCAAUCAAAGUUCCCUGACGUCUUCACCAGCAGUAUGGGACUGUGCUGCAAAACCAAGGUCAAUCUACCACUACGAGGAAAUCCUAAGCCGAUAUUCCGGCCGAAACGUCCCGUGUCCUACAGCAUGGAGGGAGCCGUCGAAGAGGAAAUCCAACGACUACAUCAACUUGGCGUGCUAAAACCGGUUGAUUACUCCGAAUGGGCGGCGCCAAUAGUGGUCGUUCGGAAGCCAAACGAACGGAUUCGCAUCUGUGCGGAUUUCUCUACUGGUUUGAACGACGUCCUCGAGCCGAACCAAUAUCCGCUACCGCUGCCUGAGGAUAUUUUUGCGAAGAUGUCGGGGUGUCGGUAUUUCAGCCAUAUCGACCUCUCCGAUGCCUAUCUACAGGUCCAGGUGGAUAAAAGCUGCCAAAACCUUCUCACCAUCAACACUCACAAGGGGCUCUAUCAGUUCACUCGCUUGUCUCCUGGCAUCAAAUCAGCUCCGGGGGCGUUUCAGCAACUGGUAGACGCAAUGCUCGCUGGACUCAAUAGCACCAGUGGGUACUUGGACGACGUCUUGGUGGGUGGCCGAACAGAGGAGGAGCAUAAUCGAAAUCUUGAGCUGGUUCUUAAUCGUAUCCAGGAGUACGGAUUCACCGUUCGAAUCGAGAAAUGCAGCUUCAGCAUGCGUCAAAUCAAAUAUCUGGGACAGAUCUUGGAUAGCGAUGGCAUUCGACCGGAUCCAGACAAGGUCGCCGCCAUUGCCAACAUGCCACCACCAAUCGAUCUGCCGUCGCUGAGAUCGUAUUUAGGAGCCGUAUAUUACUAUGGCAAGUAUGUUCCUGGAAUGCGGAAGCUACGGUAUCCCAUGGAUCAACUCCUGAAAGCCGGAACCAAGUGGGAAUGGAACAAGGCGUGUCAAGAUUCUUUCGAUCGCUUUAAGGAACUGCUGAUGUCUCCGCUGGUGCUGACCCACUACAAUCCUCAAUUGGACAUCGUGGUGUCUGCCGACGCAUCUUCAAUCGGUAUCGGGGCCAGAAUCGCACACCGGUUUCCCGACGGCACCGUGAAGGCAAUUUGUCACGCCUCCAGAUCGAGAAGGAGGGGUUGGCCUUGA